AUGCUGGCGCCGGUGAGGGUCUUAAUCAAGGACAUCCUGUCCUCGAUGUCGACCGAGCUCGAGCGUGGGGGAGACUCGCCGCUCGACGAGCGCGACAUCUUCGCCAGCGUCGUGCGCGACCUUCUCGCCCUCUCCUCCACUUCACCCACACCUACCACCUCUUCGUCACCCACCACCUCCAACCCCUCCUCCUCGCUCCGCGACACGCUAAGCAUACGCCUCCGGGCGCUCCUAACAACCGCGCGUCAGCGCGUCGAGCAUAUUCCCUUCCACCUCGUUUCAGGCGCGACAUUACGGGGAUACACUGACGCCUCGGUGCUGCUGGCAGUCCUGUUCCUCAUAGACGGAAGAGGAGGAUGGAAGGACAUUGUACAGAUCCUCGACCGGGCGAUCAUUGUCGCCGGUGCAGUCGGUUCCCAUCGGCUCGAGUGGGUGCAAGCCCUCAUUGCCGCCCUCCAACCUCCCGCCCACCCCCAUCAGGACCUCAAUGGCUCCUCCUGUCCCAACCCCUCUCCACCUUCUCCUCCAGCAUCUCAACCUCUCUUCGCUCCAAACCCAAUCCCCACACCAUCCACACCCCCUCCCCUAACGACGGCACCCUUCAUCCUCAGAUCCUAUCUCGCCUCGGGGACGCAUCAUCCGCCCUGGCCAGCGCUCUCACGCUGGCAGUCGGGCGAAUACCUCGUGUCCAAAACCGGCCGCGGGCGAAUCGUUCCUGUCGAAUGUGGGCGCGCAUACGAUGAUAGCGGGUGGACGCAGCGCCUCGUCGAUUGGGAGAGCUUCCUACGACGCUCUGGCUGGAACCUUGGCCCCAAAGGAAGGGAGGAUGGCGCGCCGCAAUACCUCGCACAGACGAGCUUGUUCCGCCAGUUUCGAGGGUUGGAGACCGACAUGGCCCUGCCGGACUACAUAUGGGCCGAGACGCCGGACACGUACAAGCCGCCACCAGAAGUCCUUGUCAACGCGUGGAUUGGGCCAGGAGGACACGAGGUCGUGUCUCCAGCACAUACUGACCCGUACUAUAACUGCUAUGCGCAGGUGCUGGGAUACAAGCGCGUGUGGCUUGCGCCACCGGACGCGUCGCCGCACAUGUACGCUUACACCGGCCAGGCAGCGACAGACGCUUCCCUCGCGGAAGAGUAUAUGGGCAACACGUCGCGCGUUCCGCUCCUACGCCCCGCCCUCGAUAAAACAUUUCGCGCACAGCAGUCCACGUUCCCCGCCUUCUUCAAGCAUGUGUACCCGGACGCGAUGGAGGCAGUGCUCGGACCCGGCGACAUGCUCGUCAUGCCGCCUGGGUGGUGGCAUGCCAUGCGCGGAGAGGGGGAGGGGCCAUGUUGGAGCGUGUCAUUCUGGUUCUAG